CGGUGGGGAGGACCUCGAGGAGGAUGAGGGGCUGGGGGGUAUGCCGCGGGAGCUAGACCCGACCCUAGUUUGGUCUCCGCCGGUGGAGGAGGUGUACGUUGCAGCCGAGGAGAGGCUGGAACCACGGGACAAGAAGCCGUAUAGGCGCGGGAUUACGAAACUCCCCAAGCUAAAAACUUGGGCCUUCCGCGAUGUUGUUCUCGUGCCCGCUGGAAAGAGCAUGUUCAAGUAUGGCGACCCGAGGAGGAAGCCGACACGUGAGUACCCGAACAUCCUUGGAGGCAUAAUUAGGAAGCAUUUCCCUGGGAUUGUCAAUCUCCCUACUGGUGGCCGCGACGUGGCUUGGACUUGGAAGCACUACAGCUACGCGGAAGAUCCUAGCGGCAAGUACGGAAACAUGCAAGAGCGGGUUGUCCGCCACUUACGGAAAUACUUCCACGAGGGCUGA